AUGGUCAACCUCAAACAAAUAGCCAUCGCGGCGACCUGCUGGUCUGCAAACCGGAUUGACAUCUUCCGAGUUGGUUUCAACUCCGACCUUCAACACCUCUGGUACAAUGGCGCCUUCUCAGGAUGGGAAUCCCUUGGUGGAACCCUAACCAGCGUCCCCACCGUCGCGUCCUGGGAACCCAAUCCAUGGCACAAGUGGUGGGAUGGUGCCAGCUGGAGCGGCUGGGAAAGCCUGGGCGGGACUUUCACCAGCGAGUUAGAAAUCACCUCCUGGGCCCCCCGUCGUCUCGAUUUCUUCGGUCGCGGAACAGACAAUGCUCUUUAUCACAAGUGGUGGAAUGAAAACUCGUGGGGCGGGUAUGAAAGUCUCGGUGGGAUUCUGGUUGGUCCUGUCACUGCCGUUGAUUGGGGCUUUAACCGCAUCGAUAUCUUUGGAGUCGGCACGAACAACCACUGCUAUCACCGCUGGUGGGACGGCUCCUCCUGGGGGGGUUGGGAAGACCGUGGUGGCAUCCUUGAGUCCGAAGUUAUUACCACGAAAUGGGGUGCCAAUGACCUGUCCAUCUUUGGCAUUGGCACUGACAGCGCGAUGUACUGGCAGCACUGGAACGGUGCUUCUUGGUCUGGCUGGGUCAGUCUCGGUGGUAUCUUCACCAGCGUCCCUGCCGCGGUUUCCUUGGGAGCGGGACGAAUUGAUGUCUUUGGCAUCGGCAGCAGUGGAGCUAUGUACCAUAAAUAUUACAAUGGUGCGUGGUCAGGAACAUGGGAAAAUCUGGGAGGCAUCUUUAUUUCUGCACCAACAGUGGUGUCUUGGGGCAAUAGCCGUCUUGAUAUCUUUGGUGUUGGCACAGAUAGUGCGGCUUACCACAAGUCGUGGGAUGGCGUCCAGUGGUCUACGGGGUGGGCCAGGCUCGGGUGA